AAACGAAGUUUUCCUCGCAAAAUCGACUCUCGUUUGAUUUAUCGGCCUUUACCCACGUACGCUGCAUCAACAACCCCUCGCUCGACCACCUCGAGGAAGGAGAGAAAGCAAACCCUAGGAGGGUUGGUGGAAUCGAAAUCGAAGGCAACCUUGUUCUGAAUGCUGAUGAUGACCAGAGGCGGGAAAUCAGGGUCAAUGGCACCGGUGAUGAUGACCGGCGGGUCACUGGAGUACAAGAAGAAUCCGGCGACGGAACCCAAAUGGAAAGAUCUGCCUAACAAAACCACCUGCUGCUUCCGCGAGAUCCCUGAUUACCGCCUGCCGAUCCCUAUGCCACAACCGAUUGUUGCAAACAUCCGGGGGAAAGUAUACGUGCUUCAUGGAGAUCCUAUCACUGGGGAGCCCGGAUGCCCAGGGAAACCGGAAUUAGCUUUCCAGGUUUUAGAAUUCGAUCAUUGUUCGAAAUCGUAUCGUUGGAGGACACUUCCUAUACCUCCCUUCUACGAUGUAUACUCCUCGUUCUUUGGGGAGUGGAGGGGCAAUGUUGGUGUCGUCGGCCCCAGGCUGUUUAUGUUACAGCUUUGUGAGGGGGUUGAAAUUGUACAUAUCUUUGAUUCCGUUAAGGAAACCUGGGAGUCUCAAAAUGAAGACGAAUUUCCCUUGGAUUAUAUGCCAUGCAGAAACUUGUCAAGUUUGCUAAUCAGCCAAAGGACAGAAAGAGGAAGUGGUAUGGUCCAUGCGACUGAUGGUUAUUUCAUCGCCAUUGGUAAUGAAUGUCAGUUAGCUUGUCAAGCUCGUGUCUUUGCUACAGUGGCCAAUUUUCACGGUGUUAUGUCCGACGUACAAUUCCUACCAGAUCAAUUACCGGCUGAAUUUCAUCCACUUGCUGAAUGCAAUGUGAUUGACCUAUUGGAGAAGGAUCACGGUACCAGCAUCACAUUUUGUGUGCUGUAUGUAGCCAACAAGCGUGCCCUGCUGGCUUUGUCAGUUUUCAGAGUGUGGUUGUUAUCUUCAAUGGUGGUCGUGAAACCAGAAGACGGCUCCCCAUACUUGUCCCGAGAAGAUAAAGGGGAAGGAGGAGCAAGUGAUGAUGGACCCAGAGGAGGUGCCUACUUGGGAGUUGAAAUUCUGGAAACACAUUUCUUUUCAAUGGGUGAGAUAUGCCCUAUCGACAUUGCUGAUGCCUUCUUCCUCUAGGCAACUAACCUUUCAUUAUUACUGGUCAAGUACAUUUCUUUGUAGCCCAUGGUUUCCAUUUAUCAAUGCCGUUUGUUGGACUUGCACUAUCAUUACCGUUUUCACUGGAUCAAUCUUGUUGGUACCAGAAGGAAGACACGGUUCUCAUCUGGCAGUUUAAAGGGUUUGUUGUUUGUAAUAGUUGUUCUUCUUACCUGCUGGACGUGUCAUGUUCGCUCUAACGUUGUUGUAAAUUCUGUUCUAUUUGGUUCAGUUCGUUUGAUGGACUGCAAUCCUUUUGAGAUUUUCAGGAGAAGGAGCCAGAUCAAGAUACUAAUGGCUGGCUGGCUGGCUGGCGUGAUUUCCUGCAUGAAUGAGCAAGUAUGAGCUUGUGUAUAUAAUGUCUUGAUUUUGACUUCUGAUUCGGGAGAAUCUUGUGAUACAAGGCAACGCGGUUUUGUUAGUGACAGCAUGUUAUUUAUCCUGCUCGUGGGUUCUUCUUUAUACUUUAGUGGCAAGUGAUGAUUGUGUAAUAUAUGAUUCCUCGCGUAGCAUGGAAGGUAGAGCAGACCACCCAAGUUUUACCUAUUGAGAUGAAGAUUGUAAAUUUUAUAGAGUUCGUUUGAUCUAUGGAUUGCUGUGAUAGACAUUCUGUACGCCAUAGUAAAGCAUGAAAUGUGGAAGAUUGGUAAUAGGGUAGGUAGAGUUUUGACUUUUGAUCGAGUUUCUUAUUGAG